CGGGAACCGGAAGACGCGCUCGCAAGCCCCGAACCCCGGGCCCGGUAGACGCGCCGGGCUGCAAGUUUCCAACAGCACUUACUUGACGCAGGAUCAUGUGUGGAGACAUUUAAGCCCAAAUAUCAGGAAGAAAGAACUUAAAGUUGAGAGGCCUGUACUGUGUAUUAUAAGAAGACACAAAGGAAAAAAAUAUUUCAAAGAUGACAUCAUUGCCAAGAAGAGCAAAAAUAAAGGUCCAGGCUACAGAACCCAAAGAUGAAUUUUCUUCCUUCUCUGACUUAUCAUCGGCCUCUGAAGAUGAUAGCAAGGAAGAUAGUAUCUGGGAGCCCCAAAAGAAAGUCCCCAAAGCUCGUAAGCAGCCUCCCAAGGAAUCCAAACCAAAGAGGGCGCCACGGGCCAAGAAGAACGCCCCAGGGGUCAGCAGUGGCCCAACAGGUGUGACCGUGAAGCAGGAGCUGAAUAACUCUGUGGCCAUUGCUGAUGUGGAUUUGGAAGACCAACAAAAUAAACCUGAUACCGUUCAGACUCUGAAAACAGCAAAGACAAAAAGGAAAAAUUCAGCUCCGAGAACCAAAAAGGUGAAAGCUGCCGAUGACCCCAACAAAAACAGCAACUCAGAGAGUGGGGGAAGCAGGAUGGAGACCCCGGCCACGAGCAGCACGUGGGAAGGAGUGUGCAAGAAGGAAGAGGAUGAAGACUUCACGUUUGGUCAGUCCCCUUUAAAGAAAAUAAAGACAGAAUCCUGUCCUCAGGGGCAGCCCGUCAGGUUCCCAGCAAAUGACACUGGUGAUAAAGAGGAGUCAGAAAUGAACUGGGACAUAGUGCAGGUUCUAUCUGAAAGGAUGUGUAUUGAGCCUUGGGUUUGUGCCAACAUCAUUCGUCUCUUUAAUGAUGAUAACACAAUUCCUUUCAUUGUACGCUAUCGAAAAGAGCUCAUUAAUAACCUUGAUGCUGAUUCCUUGAGAGAAGUUCGCCAAACCCUAGAUGAGCUACGGUCUGUUGCAAAGAAGGUUCAUAGUACAAUCCAGAAAAUUAAGAAGGAGGGCAAGAUGUCUGAGGGCUUGUUGACGGCCUUGCUGAACUGUAAGACUUUUGAAGAACUAGAACACGUGUCAGCUCCAUACAAAUCUGGGAGCAAAGGCACCAAAGCCCAGAGAGCAAAGCAGCUGGGAUUGGAAGGAGCCGCCAGGACCCUGCUGGAGAAUCCCGGACAGCUCAAUCUGAUGUCCUACAUUAAACCCAAUGUCAAAGGAAUCUCGAUACUCCAGGAUAUUGAAAUGGGUGUACAGCACAUUUUAGCCGACAUGGUCGCCAAGGAUAGAGAUACACUUGAUUUCAUCCGGAAACUGUGUCAAGAGAGAUAUGUUUCUAUCCAGUCAUCUCUGGCAAAAGUGUCCUCCAAGAAAGUAAAUGAGAAAGAUGUGGAUAAGUUUCAGCUGUACCAGAAUUUUUCUUGCAACAUAAAAAACAUCCAGCAUCACCAGAUUCUUGCAAUGAACCGUGGAGAAAACUUGAAGAUACUGACGGUGAAGGUCAACAUAUCUGAUGGAAUAAAACAUGAGUUCUGUAGGUGGUGCAUCCAAAACAGGUGGAGACCACGUGGCUUUGCAAGACCAGAAUUAAUGAAGAUUUUACGUGACUCACUGGAUGAUUCUUUUAAACGCCUUAUCUGUCCUCUCCUCUGUAGAGAAUUCAGAGCCAAACUAACAUCUGAUGCAGAGAAGGAGUCAGUAAUGAUGUUUGGACGGAACCUUCGUCAGCUCCUGUUAACUAGCCCUGUUCCUGGCCGCACUUUGAUGGGGGUGGAUCCUGGUUAUAAGCAUGGCUGCAAAAUAGCGAUCAUUUCUCCUACAAGUCAGAUACUUCACACUGAUGUGUUUUACUUGCAUUCUGGACAAGGCUUCCAAGAGGCAGAGAGAAUAAAGCGGCUUUUGCUGAAUUUCAACUGCAGCACAGUGGUCAUUGGAAAUGGAACUGCCUGCCGGGAAACGGAAGCUUACUUUGCUGACCUGAUAAUGAAAAAUUACUUUGCACCACUGGAUGUUGUUUACUGUAUCGUCAGUGAAGCUGGAGCAUCAAUCUACAGUGUUAGCCCUGAAGCUAACAAAGAGAUGCCAGGGCUGGACCCUAAUUUGAGAAGUGCAGUUUCCAUAGCAAGGCGUGUACAAGAUCCAUUAGCUGAGCUGGUGAAAAUUGAGCCAAAGCACAUUGGAGUUGGAAUGUAUCAGCAUGAUGUGUCCCAGACUUUACUAAAAGCAACGCUGGACAGUGUUGUAGAAGAAUGUGUCAGUUUUGUUGGAGUGGAUAUUAACAUCUGCUCAGAAGUUUUGUUGAGGCAUAUUGCAGGACUCAAUGCCAACCGCGCCAAGAACAUUAUUGAGUGGCGGGAGAAAAAUGGACCCUUCAUCAACCGAGAACUCCUGAAGAAAGUGAAAGGCCUGGGUCCAAAGUCUUUCCAGCAGUGUGCUGGCUUCAUCAGAGUCAACCAGGAUUAUAUUCGGACAUUUUGCAGUCAACAACCUGAACCUGCGCACCAAGCUCUGGGAGAGGGUCCGGCCCCCUUUGCUGGUGGUGAGCCAGGCAAGAAGAAGACCAAAACUCCAGCAGCUUCUGUAAUGAAACCGAAUCCCUUGGACCAAACUUGUAUUCACCCGGAAUCGUACGGCAUAGCAAUGAGGUUUCUAUCGUUAAUUGGAGGGACGCUAGGUGAAAUUGGAAAGCCUGAAAUGCAACAGAAGAUAAAUUCAUCCCUUGAAAAGGAAGGACUACCGAAAAUGGCAGAAAGAUUGCAAACAACUGUGGAAACUCUACAAGUCAUUAUAGAUGGUCUCAGUCAGCCCGAAAGCUUUGACUUUCGAACAGAUUUUGAUAAGCCCGACUUCAAGAGAAGCAUAGUAUGCCUAGAAGACCUGCAGGUUGGGACAGUUCUUACAGGCAGAGUCCAGAAUGCAACACUCUUUGGAAUUUUUGUGGAUAUAGGAGUGGGGCGCUCAGGCCUGAUUCCCAUACGAAGUGUGACAGAAGCAAAGCUUUCUAAAACGAAGAAGAGAAGGAGCCUGGGUCUGGGCCCUGGAGAAAAAGUUGAAGUCCGAGUAGUCAACAUAGAUAUUCCCCGAUCUAGAAUCACACUGGACCUCAUCCGGGUGUUGUAAGUGUCCGCCGAAGGCCACUCAGAUUCAUUUCUUACUUUCGUCUUUGCUGAGAAUUAGGUGUUUGUGAAUUCUAGCUAGCAGAUGAGAUUGACUUUCCUUAUUUUUCCUUCGGAAUAACUAAAAAACUGGCAGCAAUGUUUUCUUUUUGCCAUGAAGAAAAAAAAGAAUAGACCUCCCUCCGAGACUUUAUGUAUUAAUAGUUUUUCUGAUCAAAACUUUAAUUUUUUAUAUUCAUCUUUUGAUCCCUUUUUUAUUUUGCAUAGCAGAUUGUUUUAUUACUUUUAUGUGCCAACAUGCCUUUCUGGAUGGGAAUGGAAUCAUCUUCUUGGUUUGAAUCAUACAAGGGUCCUUGACAUAGUUCUGGUGGUGGUUAAUCGUCCUUUUUUAAAGACUUUUGUAAUCAGACUUCUUGGACUCGUUCAUGGUUUUUCCUUGCCAAACAGACCAAAAACAGACAAAUAAAACGGAUCCCAAUGUAUUUUGUAGUCAUCAAGUGAAUGGCUGAAAACAUUUCUCCGAAGGAUGUAUGUAUUGAUCACAGUAAUAAAAAAGUUUUGUGACUAUUGACCUUG